UAUGUGUGACUUCUGUGAGAAAUGGAAACUAAAAAUUAAUAGCGAUAAAACUAAAGUUACAGUUUUUGGUUUUAGGAGAGCGGAUACUAGUACACUACAGUUUGUGUGCAACGGUCAAAGUCUAGAGACUGUACAUUGUUUCAGAUAUCUUGGUGUCAUCAUGAAUUAUAAUGGCUCAUUUAAAAUUGCUAUUGAGGAACUGCAUAAGCAAGCAUUGCGUGCAAUGUUUGCUUUACUCAACAAAUGCAGAAAGCUUCAGCUUUCUGUAGAUGUCACUCUGGACCUUUUUGACAAGUUGGUUACUCCACUCUGUGUUACAGUUAAAAAAAGAAUAAUUGGAUAUUGGGGGAGACUGUUAGAAAGUAAAGAAAGUAAACUUAGUAAAAUCAUGUACAAUCAGCUACACAGCUUGCAUAGCAGUGGUGCAUAUGCUUCACCCUGGGUAUCACAGGUGAAACAGAUACUGGAUGACUGCGGGUUGUCAUAUAUCUGGAUAACACAAAAGUACAACAACAUCAACUGGCUGAAAAAAAUUGUUGAGCAGAAGUUAAAAGAUCAAUUCAUCCAGAGGUGGCAGAGCGAGCUUACAAGCAUGACUUCCUGUGACACGUACAUAGAAUUUAAACAAGAGUUUAAAUUAGAAAAAUACCUGAUGUAUGAAAACCAAAACUCCAGACAGGCUAUCUGCAAUUUUAGAACGAAUAACACCAGAAUACCUAAAGUCACUGGAAGAUACAAAGGGCUGGAAAGAAGCGAAAGAAUGUGCAACAUCUGCGAUUCCCAUUGUGUUGGCGACGAAUAUCAUGUGCUUUUUGAGUGUAAAAAUGUAAACGUAAUGUAUUAUAGAAAAAAAUACCUGCCAAAAUAUUAUGUCUAUUCUCCAUCUAAGAUCAAACUGAUUUUGCUUUUGAGGUCAAAUAACUCAGGGGUUAUUGCUAAAACAGGUGCCUUUCUGAGAAAUGUCCUGCCAUUGUUUAAGUAAUGUUUUGGGUUUUUCCCUUGCCGUGCACCAUUGUUUUGGUAUGUAAUGAUUUAAGUUGAAUUUUGUGCUCCAUGCCAUGUGCUAUGGCCGUGAGCCGUAAUAAAUAAAUGAAUAAA